GGAAAUUAAAACUACAUGUCCCAGAAACUUAGCGCAACCAUUUAAAGACAUGCCUGGUUCAACCACGUUGUAUAAGGAAGGACAGAGUAGGACAUACGUGAAUCGGAGUCGCUGUGCAAGAAGGCUUACCAGCUAGUUAACCAGAAAAAUGUCCACCAUAUCUGCUGCCAGCGUCGAGCCCGUUGCAGUUGAGGGCACAGAGAAGAAACCACUGAAGCCCUGUUGUGCGUGCCCAGAGACGAAGAAAGUUAGGGAUGCGUGCAUCAUUGAGAAGGGCGAAGAAAGUUGCACAGAUCUCAUCGAGGCACAUAAGGAUUGUAUGAGGGCGCUUGGAUUCAAGAUUUAAUAUAACUUUAUAUAAUGAGUCAUUGUGUUGUUGCUGGCUGUGUUGAAGGGACCUGGGAUAUUCCUCGUGUUUUUAUUUAUACCUCAACAUGAAAGGAAGAUGUGAUCGCUGCACAGAUGGUCAUGAUGGAAGAUAUGUUCCACGGAGUGACGUGUUUUUUAAUGAUCUGAGUUUCAGAAUUAUGUGAAUGUUGUUCUGCUGAUUUGAGUGACAUAAAUAUCCUAUGCAAUUUGA